AUGCUUCGAAAAAAUAAUUUAUCAGUUAAAUCAGUAAAAAAUGCUAAUUCAAAAAAAAAAAAUUCAAGACAUAAACAACAACAACAAGCUCAAAAUGAAAGUGCACCAGUAAAAUCAGUGGUAACAGGACAUUCAGUAGAUAAGAAUGCAACACCUGUUGUUCAAUCAAAUCAAAAUAAUGAUGUUAAAAUUGAUCCAGAAAGUCAAUGGGAUGCUUAUAUGGAAAAUUCAAUUACAUGUUAUCAUGCAAAAAUACCAAUUGAAGAUAUGGAAGACUUAUUAAAAAUGAAUGGAGAUUUUUUAUUAAGAAGAGCAGAAAAUAAUGGAAAAACAGAAUUUGUAUUUACUGUUUAUAAAGAUAAACAAUUACAUGAUAUUGUUUUAAAUCGUUCAUCAGAAGGUUGUUAUAUUAUAAAAGGAACUGCAUUUAGUAGACCUGAAGAGUUGAUAGAUCAUUAUAUAAUUAGUCAUAUUCCAGUAGAUGGCAAAUCAUUAUUUUUUGUAAAAGGUAUUGAAAGACGCUCAUAUUAUUUAAAUCCAGAAAAUAUAGAAAUUAAACAAAAAAUUGGAGAAGGAGCUUUUGGAGAAGUCAAUGAAGGUGUUAUGAAACGUUUUGAUACAACUGCUAUUAAGGUAGCUGUAAAAAAUCUUAAAGGUUUUUCUUCAAAACAAGAUCGUGAUGAUUUUAUGGAGGAAUUUAGAUUUAUGAAUCGUUUUGAACAUGAAAAUAUUGUAAAAAUUUAUGGUAUUACUACUCAGGGUACGGUAAUGAUGAUGGUUUUAGAAAUGUGUUAUGGUGGCUCAUUAAAUUCAUAUUUAAAAAAAAAUCCUUUACCAUAUAAACAUCUUAUUAAAUAUUGUAUUGAUGCUGCUAGAGGAAUGUGUUAUUUAUCAACACGUAAUGUUAUUCAUCGUGAUAUUGCAGCAAGAAAUUGUUUGCUUGGUGGUAAUGAUGAAGUUAAAAUUAGUGAUUUUGGAUUAUCUGUCAUAUCAAAAAAUCCUGUAAAAGCUGGUAAAAAUCAAAAAAUUGCAAUUCGCUGGUGUGCACCUGAAACAAUUUCAACUGGAUUUUUUGAAAUGAAAACAGAUGUAUGGUCAUUUGGUAUUUUAAUAUGGGAAAUUUUUAAUCAUUGUAAAGCUGAUCCAUAUUCAGGAAAAACUAAUGCUGAAGUUAAAAGAGAUUUAUUGAAUAAUACUCAAUCAUUGCUUCUUCCAAGAGAUGCUCCAUCAAAUGUUUUAAAAUGUUAUACAUAUUGUUUAUUUAAAGAAGCUGCAUUUAGACCUAAUUUUAUAGAGAUAUUAAAAUUUUUAUCUCCACGAGAAAGACCACCAGUUCCAAGUGACAUGAAAAAAUGUAUUCCUUCAAAACCAUCAAAUGUAGAUUCUAAAACUCAAAAUAUUGUUUCAAAAGGAAAACAACCAGGUUGUUAA